GGCUAUUUACUUUCCCCUCGAGAGGCUGCGUGAGGAGAAAACUCAGUGUUCAUUAUUUGGACAUGACCAUUUGAUCAGCCAUGGAUCGAGACGAGCUGGCUUUAUCGUCGUCAUCAGCAGCAGCAGACAAACACAAAGAAUCAUCAGUGCGAGGAGAAAUCAACUUCCCAGAGGGAACCAAACCAUCUGAAGUCGUAUGGUCAGACGCUGUGUGUCCAGAAGGUGACAGGUCACUGUCCGAGGACCAACAUGUCACUGAGAGUAUGAGCAUCACCUCGGCAGACCAGGAGAAGCUGCUGCUCCUCAACAAGAACACAGAGCUCCGCAGAGUCAACAAAGAGCUAAUGAAGCUGAAUGAGGAGUGGGACCAGAUGUACCGUAGUACCACGCUGAGGCUGCAGCACAGGCUGGAGAGUUUGGAGCAGGAAAACACCACCCUCAAAGACCUAAACAGCAAACUGUUGCUUAAAGUAGAGAAUCAGCAGAAUGCAAAGGCCUAUUACGAGCAGGCACUCAUGCUGGAGUUGAAGAAGAAUAAAGAGCUCCAAGAAUAUAUCAGGCUGCAGGAGGGCAGAAUGCACCAGCAACCCAUCCAAAAGUGCAAUUUCCAGGCAACCAACCUCGACCCCUCAUCCCCAAGCCUCCCCUCAUCAUACGGCCCUCCAGCCUCUUCCAGGCUGGAUGUGCUGCUGCUGGGCAAACACCCGAAUUGUGGCCCCCAGCAAGAGGUGCAGGAUCUAAAAGAGCAGCUAGAAGCACUGCGGUGUCAGAUUGAGAUCUAUGCGGCUGAAUAUCAGAUGGAGCACAACAACCACAAAUACACGCUGCAGGACAACCGCAGGCUGAGGAGGAAGAGGGAGGAGAUGCGCCAGCAGGUGGAGCUGCUGCGAGAGCAGCUCAAAGUGUAUGAGGACGACUUCCGACGUGAGCGGUCUGACAAACAGAUGCUGCAGAGGCUGCUGUUGAAAAAAACACCUCCUGACAGGGAACCAGCGCUCGUGCAACGCUGCAAUAACGAAUGGCAGCCACAAGAGGGAGACAAAUGGACACAGACCGGAGCGAGAGUCCAUCCGCAGGUGGAGCAGCACCACCCCCUCUGUCCCAAGCACUCGAAAUAGGGACAAGGACUGAGGAAACCAUUGUGCUGUACUCGGAAAUUAGUCAUGUCCCAGAACACAUAAAAGAAUGAAUGCGGACUAAAAAAAAAACAAAUAUGAUGUCCUUCCACUGUAACCUUUUAUGGGAUCAUAAUUUAUGACCCCAGUUGUGGCCCUCACUCACUUGCAUUUAUACUUGUGUUAAAAUAAGAAGAAAUGCAAAACACAUCCAAGUUAUAAUCAAGUAAGAUUAAAAACAAAAUGUAAACAUAACAUUUUCACACAUGAAAGCACACUUGUAUAUCUUGCUAUAUGUUUACUUUGUUGUCUGACUGGUCAGAGUUCUAUCAUUAUAAAUCCUGUAAAAUAUCAUUUCCUUGAUUACACAAGAUCGUAUCAUGUGUGAGCACAGUGACUGCUGACUAGUCAUAAGGCCAUGAAUUAAUCCUAAAUGUCUAUUAAAUAGAGAGUUGCACAGUUAAGAAAGAGAGUGAAAAGCUUCAGUGUUUGCUCCACUAACUA